AUGACGGAGAGCGCCGAGACCUCGAAGACGCCCGCGAUGCGCCCGCGAUUGGCGAUCAAGAAGAUGGUUCUGGAGAAUUUUAAGUCCUAUGCGGGGGCGCAGCACGUGGGACCGUUUCACAAGUCGUUCUCGUCCGUCGUCGGACCAAACGGGAGCGGAAAGUCGAACGUUAUCGAUGCGAUGAUGUUCGUCUUCGGGAAGCGGGCGAAACAGCUGAGAUUGAACAAGGUGAGCGAGUUGAUUCACAACUCGACGGAUUUCAGAAACUUGCAACACGCGCGAGUGGAGGUGCACUUUCACGAAAUCAUCGAUCACGCUGACGAUGAAGAGGGAUACGACGUGGUACCGAACUCGGAUUUCGUCAUCUCUCGCGAGGCGUAUCGAGACAACACGAGCAAGUACUUCGUGAACGACAAGACGAGCUCGUUCACGGAGGUGACGAAAUUGUUAAAGUCGAAGGAUGUUGAUUUGAACAACAAUCGUUUCCUCAUCUUGCAGGGUGAGGUCGAACAAAUCUCCAUGAUGAAGCCAAAGGGAGCGGCGCCCGGAGAUGAGGGGCUGUUGGAGUACUUGGAAGACAUCAUCGGUACGCUACAAUACGUCGAGCCCAUCGAAGAAGCGAGCAAAAAGUUGGAGACCUUGAACGAGCAACGAGAAAUCAUGGUGAACCGUUUGCAGCUGGUUGAGGGUGAGAAGGAUGCGCUCACGAUCGUCAAGGCGGAAGCAGAGGCGUUCCUGGAGAAGGAAAGAGAGCUCAUAUUCGCACGAUGUACGAUGUAUCAGCUUUUCAUCAAAGAGACGCAGGCCAACUUGGCCACGCUCCAAGAGAACAAGGACGCGCUUACGCAGAAGCUCGAGGAGGAACGCACCAAGCACUCUGAGCAUGAGGAGGCGCUGAAGACCGCAGAAGGGCGCAAGGGCGAGCUAGUUGGUGAAUUGUCGAAGAUUCAAGCUGAUUUUGACAAGAGCAAGAAGGAUAUGGGUGAUUUGGAGCGUAAGGACGCCAAAUUCCGACAAGACUUGAAGGACAUGAAGGCGGCGGUGAAGAAGAUGGAGGCCAAGAUCGCCAAGGAUUCGGAGAAGCUCAAGAGCAUGGCGGCCGAAAGCGCGCAGAUCGAGAAAGAUAUCCCAACUUUGGAGUCGAAAAAAGCAGAUCUCGAGGCACGAAUCGGCAAGGAAGAGGCUGCGUUGGACGCUCUCCUCGAGAGUCUGAAGGGUGAGAUGGCUGAAAUCGGCGCUGACCUCGAUGGUGUGCAAAAAGAGUUGGCGCCGUGGGAGAAUAAGCUCGCGACCGCGCAAGGAGAUUACGACGUCGCCACGGCCGAGCGGGCCCUUCUUCUUGAAAAGCAUGCUGAAGUGGAAAAGUCGCUGAACGACGCUCGAAUCGGUCAAAAGCAGGCUCGCACCAAGGCUGUCGAGUUGAAGAAAACCAUCAGUGAGGAGGAAGAGGAGUUAUCAAAAGGGCGAGCGCGUGCGGAAAAAGCGCGAGCCGCCGAGGCUCAAGCGAAAGAGAAGGAGGUUGCCGCACAGGCCGAGACACGAGAGAUUCGCGGUAAGCUCGAGCAGCGCCGGUCUGCCGCUGAAUCCGAGAAAACCCAGGACGUCAUGGUGAAAGCGCUGCUUGAUGCUCAAGCCGCCGGCGCGCUCAAGGGCGUGCUCGGACGCCUUGGCGACCUCGGUGCGAUCGACAAAAAGUACGAUAUCGCCGUGUCGACUGCGUGUGCUCCUCUUGAUUAUAUCUUGGUCGAAACUACCUCCGAUGCUCAGCAUUGUGUAUCUUAUCUUCGAAAGAAUAACUUGGGCUGCGGCAACUUUCUCGCUCUUGACAAACAGAAGCACUUAGUGGCAAAGAUGCGCGCGAACGCUUCCAAUCCAGAGAACGUGCCCCGUCUGAUCGAUCUCAUCAAACCGGCCGAAGAACGUUUCGCCGCUGCCUUUUACUUUGGAGUUCGCGAUACUUUGGUUGCCAGUGAUGUCGAGCAAGCCUCGCGCUUGGCGUACGGCGAGAAGCGACGACGUGUUGUCACCUUGGAAGGACAGCUCUUUGAGAUGAGCGGUACGAUGAGUGGUGGUGGCUCAAGGCCACGCAGAGGUAGAAUGCGCGUCGGUAAUGCAGCACCUAAGUUCGAAGACGCCGCUGAGGUGGCGAAAGAGAUUAAGGCGGCUGAGAAAGAGCUUGCACAGGCUGGAGUUCUCUACGAACGCUCUCGAAAGUUGGCGCUUGCCUCCCUUCAAGAAGCUCGUGACGCUGAAGCCACGGUCAACAAGCUCGAGCGCGCCCUGCCCAAGUUGCAGGCUGAAUUUGAAGCUGCUGAGGCAAAGGUUUCUGACUUAACCAGUCGACUGAUUGAACUCGAGGCGGCUCACGAAGCGAGCAGAGAUGAUGCUGCGGAACUGUCGAGGCUUGAGGAACAAGUCAAGCAGGCAAAAAUUGCGCUGGAUGAAGUCACCGCUGGUGCGGCUGCGCUCAAGGCGAAGGAGGCGUCUCUGCAAGAGGCGAUGAAUAACGUCGGUGGCGAGACCUUGCGAAAGCAAAGAGCUCUGGUGAAAGACCUCAACGUGGGUAUCACCACUGCAUCGGACGGCUUGACUGAGAAGCGCGCAAAGUCAAAGUCUCACGAGAAGACAACUGCCCGCCUUUCCAAGGACAUCGAGGAGGCCAAAGCUGAUGUCGAACAAAAGACUACUGAUAUCGAACGCGUCAAAGGAGAAUUGGCCGAGCUCGAAAACGCGGGCGGCGCUAUUCUGGAAUCGCAAGAGGAACUCAAUCAGCUCCUGCAGGCAAAGGGUGGCGAAGUUGCCGAGGCACAGAAGGCGCUCGAUGAGAUCAUGAAGGUCGUUGGCACGAUUCGAGGCGUUGAGGUGGACAUCCAGAUGAAGCUGGAGGAUCUCGUCGUGGUUGAAAAGGAAAAUAAAGACAAGGAAAAGCACUGGAAUAAGGAAAUCAACAAGGUGAUGAAGGAGCGCACAACGCUGUAUCCGGAAGGUGAGGCUCCAGAGUUACUGAGUGACGAAGAUCUAGCGCAGCACACGACGGACGAGAUGCAAGAAAAGGCGGUGAUUCUUGAAGAAGAGCUCGCAGCUGCGAAGCCCGACAUGUCCUCUAUCGACGCGUACGCGAAGAAAGAGCAGGAGUAUGAAGAACGUGUUGAGGAGCUCGCUGCGGCGACGAAGGAGAGAGAUGAUACUCGUGAAGAGUACGAUAAGCUGAAGCAAAAGCGCCUGAAUGAGUUUAUGGACGGAUUCAAUGUUAUUUCGCUCAAGCUGAAGGAAAUGUAUCAGAUGAUCACACUCGGUGGCGACGCUGAACUCGAGCUUGUUGAUUCCUUGGAUCCGUUCUCUGAGGGCAUUGUUUUCAGCGUGCGCCCGCCAAAGAAGAGUUGGAAGAACAUCGCCAACUUAUCGGGUGGAGAAAAGACGCUCUCGAGCCUCGCGUUGGUCUUUGCUUUGCACCACUACAAACCAACGCCACUCUACGUUAUGGACGAAAUCGAUGCCGCGCUCGACUUCAAGAAUGUUUCAAUUGUUGGCCACUACAUCAAGGAGCGAACCAAGAAUGCCCAGUUUAUCAUCAUUUCUUUGCGUAACAACAUGUUUGAACUCGCCGAUAGAUUGGUCGGUAUCUACAAGACGAACAACACUACGAAGACAGUGGCUAUCAAUCCAGGAGCGUUCAAGGUCGGAGCGAACGAGCUCGCGCAAGUCAGUGCGCAGGCACCGCUGGCGGAUACACAACGUGAGCCAGUGAAGGCGUAA